GAGAAUUCGCAAUUGAUGGAAAUCGAACCUGAGACUUUUCACAUAUAUGCCAGUUCAGACGAUAGUGAUGCGGCUGAAGCCCCUGGAUGGGAUGGUGAUCAUAAAGUUCGAGAAUCAAUCGAGGACAAGAAGCAAGAAGCAAGAGAACGUGCCUCACCCGAUACUACAGACCAUUCAUCUCCCUCGGACCAAGAUGAGCCUACCACGCCUCCCAAGUCACCAGAGGCUGUCGACAUGAAGAGAUCCCCUCUUUCGAAGCACCAAUCACCAGGCAACGCUAAUCUAAAGAGCUCAGGAACGCACGAGUCUGACGUAGAACCGCAAAUAAGCAACGGCUUCACCGCCGUCAAUGAAAUGUCUCAACCUGAGGUGGAAUUACAAGCCAAUACUACUCUCGAUCCACCUUCUCUAAUCAAACGCGACGGCCGGUGGCUAUGCCCGUUUGCCGAAGAGUAUCAUUGUUCCAAGACUUUUUCAGUUUUGAAGGGCGCGAAAAGGCAUGCACAAAGCCAUGUCAAAACGUUUACUUGUGCCGUGUGCAACAAAAGCUUCGGUCGAAAUGACACUCUUACGAGACAUAUGGAGCAACACGAUGGCUUGGAACUCGCGGUUGCUGAAGCUGGCGAGGAGGAUGAGCCCUUGCAAGUUGAACCUGAAGUCGAAAGUGGUGCUCCAGAAAACCAAAGUGGAAUGGAGGAGGAUAACCCUGUCGAAUACACCACUCCGCUGGAACCCUCGCAAUUUGAGGUCGCCGAAGAAGAAGAAGAAAGUCAACUUCGCAUUUACGAGGAUGGCGAAAGCGUUGAGGCUGGCGAUGGCAUUGAGGAGCAUCAAGCUGAUGUUGAGGAGGCUCAAGAAAUAAUUCCUGCACAGCAGGCAAUCUCUGAACGGCCAGCCAGCCUUGAUCUAGAAGACAGAUCAUUCGAAGAUCGCAUCAGAGAGACACCUGUGGCCACGCAAGGUCAGAAGCGUAAAAGAAGGGUUCAAACCUCAAAUCCCACCGAAGAUACCCCUAAAGCGAGGAAAAGAAGAAAAGAGACUGCCAUGUCAUCGUCUAGGUUGCUACCUUCGUCCGCAAAUUCUGCGACAAAUGUUGAGGCUCAACAAGUCACUGAAAAGAUAGUUCCACAGCUACAACUACGUCGUCAAAGCAGUAUCGAAGGCUGGGCUCAACCUUACAAGCUAGGCUUGAAACUCCGUCACCCUAUUCCCAACCCAAAACCACCAUCGAAACAGAUGCAGCAGAUAGUCGAAGUUCUCAUACCGAGCACUAGUCAGGCCGGCCCUUCAUCACAUGAUCUAAACAAAAGCUUGACGCGUAAAAAGGUGAUACGAAAGCAGAGAGACCAGGACAGCGAUGGUGGACCUGUGAACGCACCGUUUCAUUCAACUUCCAUCCGAUCUUCCAGCUAUACUACCACCAAUGGCAAGGGGAGAGCUGUGGCUGGAAUCGAUUACAGUUCUCCUUCUAAAAGUCAUGCUGUUCUUAGUUCUUCCCGACAGCCUUCCGGGAUUGCAACUUCGGUUGCCAAAAGGACAUUUCCCACGACUCCAGCCGACAGACACACCCUGAGAACUAUUAUGAACAAAAAUUUCGAAUGUGAAACCUGUCACACUAAAUUUGGAUCUAAAAAGGCGCUCAAGAAUCAUCUCGAAAAUCCCAAUGUGCACUUGUUGAAAUGUCGAACCUGUUCUAAGAAGUUUGUGUCCAAGCCGGCCUUGGCGAGACAUGAGAGCGAGACUGGCCAUGGAAAGAGCCAUGGUAGCAAAGGCGCUGGCCAAGUGGGACAAGUCGGUGCCUUCGAUACUCACGAGGUUCAAAAGCUGAACAAUUGGAAGGACAGGUUCUGCGAAGAAAACAACAUCACCGGUGCACAGUUUAAUGACAUGAUGACGGCCACUACUCAACGUCGGAAAUCAGAAAGUUGGACCUGUGUCUUUAUCACAAGACAGGAAUUCCUGGAUCAAUUUUUCAGUGUGCUCCCAGAUCGCAACAGGCGAUCAAUGCUCCGGUAUCGUGAGCGUAAUUUUCAAAACCUCGAGGGCUCUCUCAAUUGGACAAAGGAUGAUGACAGGGAGCUUAUUCGGUUAGUGAAGGAGAUGGGAACCAGAUGGUCGAAGAUUGCGAAGAUAAUGAUGCGAACGCAAGAUGCCGUCUCUCAACGAUGGAGACACAAGCUUCAAUACGCAAAAGUCGAAUCGGGUGAAUGGACCAGGUCCGAGAAUUCGAAGCUCAAUAAGGCAGUGGAGGAGAUCAGGAGGCAAUCUGGAGUCACUGCAGAUGCUAAGGAAUGGACCAUACCUUGGGUACAAGUUAGCGAGAAAAUGAAGACCAGGACACCACAGCAAUGCUCAAAUCAUUGGCGUGCUCUGCAUGGCACGAAGAAAGAUGGAAGAUGGAUCCCUGUGUCUGGACUGGAGAAAACCCCUGGUGCCAGCCGGAUUCUCGCCCCUUCCAAAAUGCAAAAACGUCUUGCUGGUACAGGUCUUGGAUCUGGUAAACGUUCACCGCUUUCAUCCAAAUACGUCAAGGACGAUGACACCGGUUCUGAAAAUAUGUCAGAAGAGCCCGCUGUUCCU